AUGUUUGCGCUACUUUUGCGAAAACUGAUUAUCAUUCCCGCGUGCGGGCAUCUUCCUCCAAGGUGCGCCGCCACUAUAGGAUCCGACGCUCUUAUGCCGUCUUCUGGUGCCAGUGCAAUGCGUUUGUCCGGGGUGGAGCUGCAGGAGGUGCUAGAGUUUCUAUCAUGCGAUCCAACCCGCGGGCCAGAGCAUCCCGGCCUACACCAUCCGAGGCUGCAGCCCUGGAGCGCGCAGCAGUACAUCCUACAAACCCAAACGUUGUGUGCGUAA